ACCCAAACCACAGGAUUAAAACAUGGCAAGCCGAACAACCUCAUCUUCUUAUAAAAGGAUCUUCGGUGGGGAGCGUCCAGCAAUGACUCGACCCACUUAUUCGAGCCGCCAGUACGGCAGCCCGGUGCGUGCAUCAUCGCGCGUCUCCUACAGCGUCUCCUCCGCUCCUCCAUCCAUGUACAUGUCCAGGAGCGCACGAAUGCGCAGCAGCGCGCCCAUGCCUAGACUCUCCACGGACACUCUGGAUUUCGGGGUCGCUGACGCCAUCAACACCGAGUUUAAAACCAACCGAACCAAUGAAAAAGCGGAGAUGCAGCACCUCAACGACAGGUUCGCCAGUUACAUAGAUAAAGUUAGGUUUCUGGAGCAGCAGAAUAAGAUCUUGAUCGCCGAGCUGGAUCAGAUGAAGGGCCAGGGCAAGUCCCGGGUCGGAGAUAUGUACGAGGAUGAGAUGAGAGAACUGCGGAGGCAGAUGGACCAGCUCACCAACGAGAAGGCCAGAGUGGAAGUGGAUCGAGACAACCUGGGAGAGGACAUCGAGCGCCUUAAAGAAAAACUACAAGAAGAGAUGCUUCAAAAGGAGGAUACUGAGAACACUCUGCGGAGUUUCAGACAGGAUGUUGACAACGCCUCUCUUGCUCGUCUGGAUCUGGAGAGAAAAGUGGAGUCCUUGCAGGAGGAGAUCGCUUUCUUAAAGAAACUCCACGAUGAGGAAAUUGCCGAGAUGCAGAUUCAGAUCCAGGAGCAGCAUGUGCAGAUUGAUAUGGAAGUGGCCAAGCCUGACCUCACCUCUGCACUCAAAGAUGUUCGCCAACAAUACGAGACCCUGGCUUCCAGAAACCUCCAGGAGUCUGAGGACUGGUAUAAAACCAAGUUUGCUGACCUGUCCGAAGCUGCUGCUCGUAACAACGAUGCCAUUCGUCUGGCCAAGCAAGAGGCCAAUGACUACCGCCGUCAGCUACAAUCUCUUACCUGUGACUUAGAAGCUGUCAAAGGAACCAAUGAGUCCAUGGACCGUCAGAUGAGAGAGAUGGAGGAGAACUUUACCGUGGAGGCAAACGGAUACCAGGACACCAUCGGACAUCUUGAGGACGACAUCAGAAACAUGAAGGAUGAGAUGUCCCGUCAUCUUCGUGAAUACCAGGAUCUUCUGAAUGUCAAAAUGGCCUUGGACAUUGAGAUCGCCACCUACAGGAAGCUGCUGGAGGGAGAGGAGAGCAGGAUCACCAUGCCUUUGCCCCACCUCGCAUCAUUAUCCCUGCGAGAGUCCAUGAAGGAAACCAAACCUUUCACUGACACUAAGAAAGUGGUGAUCAAGACCAUCGAGACGAGAGACGGACAUAUAAUUAAUGAGUCGACCCAAAAUGACCUGGAAUGAGCUGCAGAAGAGGCUCUGACCACUAGAGGCAGCAGAGAGCUGAACACUGGCAUAGACUAAAGAGGUUAAAGUCGUUUCUUUUCGUUGUUUCUGUUGAAAGUAAAAAAGAACAGCUUUAAAGUGCCUUUUUUGCAUUGCUACGUUAGAAAAGUAUGUUGAUAGAGCUGAAAACACACUGUAGGCCACUGAGUAAACCAGCGUUUUUUGGGUUUAUGUUUACCACGAUGUCUGUAGUUUACACUGUUGAAGACCACAGCAAUACUGCUGCAAACUUUCUGUUUUGUAUUAUUGCGGUUGACCAAAAACUUGAGGAGCUUGUGUUUCUUAAGAAGACCAAACUGUCAACACAUUUCCGCAAAUCAAAUAAACCUUUAAAAUAACA